AUGAUUGCUGAUUACUCCUUCACUACCCUCUUGGGGAACAUCCCACCCUCUCUCCCAGAGGUGUCUCUCUCGCCGACAAAUGUCCAUUCGACCCCUCAAUGCGAUAUCCAUGAGAAUAUCACCCUAAAGUCAACCUUCUCUUGUAAUUCGCAAAUGUCAUCCCUAUCAAAUUCGGAAUGCACAUCGUCCCUGAAAUCACAAGAAUCCUUAAAACAUAAAGUCUCUCCAGCUUUAAGGGCCGUUCUUCACUCGAAAAAUUCAUCUUCUUACAGGUUAAGGAAAGCCUCCUCAAAAUUGACCUUACAUUCAUCAGGUACUACUAUUAUGAGCUUCUCGGAAUCGGUCUCGGACCAGCUGCCCUAUUUGGAUGCAUAUUGUACGAUUUUGAGUAGUUCGUCCUCAGUGGAGACCGCUAUAGAGAUUGACGAUUACAAUCAUCCGCUUUCCAGUCAAGCGAAAUUACCUGAUGUUGGUUCCUCUACAAAUGAGUCGUGUGGAGCAUUGUGGAAUGGUGCCCAAGAAAGACAAAACAGCAGCAACGUUGAUAAAAACAGCAAAAUUCACAGCAACAACAACAAUAGAAGUAGAAGUAGAAACCAAAACAAAAAGAGAAAUACCAAUAAAAAGAGAACCAAUCACACCUCUGACCUCACUAAGCAAUUGACCCAUACCACCACCACUUCAAUCUUUGAGACAAUUAAAGACAAGCUAAAGAACUCGCAUUUGAUCACUACUGCUAGGUCCUUCUAUAGAUGCAAUGAAUCGAUCCUUAAACACACAACCCCGUUGAUCGACUUGCACCACAGAGAGCUGGUUCUAUAUGAGUCUACACCACUUACAACCUAUAGCACAAUUUUGCAUCCGCUCCACGAAGAGAGGAACACACACUUGGAUACCUCUUGGUGCCAUUUACCACCCACUAGGCAAAGAGAACAUCGAAUCAACCCUUUGUUUCUGAGGUUCUACGCAAUUAUCUCCUCUCUGAAAAUCAAAUACCACCUUACCCUGUUGAACGAAUCCACUAUAGACUACUACCAACAGGAAUUCAAUUCCUCAAAUUCACCUACUUUGGACGAGUUCUUCCAAGUUUAUUUUAGUGAAGAUUCGGACUUGUUGAACGGAAAUGCCGAUUUCUCCCAUUUGAAAUCACUAUUGAAAUUCUCCAUUUUAUCAAGGGAUAAAAUGUCUUCAAAUGUCGUCCUGACCCCGCGUGGAGAUCCUUUCCAAAGCGUCCAUACUUACAACAAUUCCAGGAAAUUGUAUAUCAAGACUGGAGAAAUCGCCAUCCCCCAUGGCACCCUCGUGAGGGAAGGCGGCACCAAGGUGAUGCCUUGGGUGAAUCUCUCCGACUAUAAGUCCUCGAACAGACGUUCACUGAAUCCCUGCGGCACUCUUCCCAAUAAUAUCCAAUAUACCGUCAAAAACUGGGGAAGUAAACGCUGGUCGUUAUACAUGGAUACCAAUUAA